AUGAGGGCCAUUGAAUCAUCCACAUUUGUUGUAGAAUAUCGUGGAAUACUGUGCCAAAGUAAAUAUGUUGAUGACAUUAAAGGCAACUACUUGUUCGAUUUCACAUGGAAUGGAGCACAUUAUUGCAUAGAUGCUUCAAAAGAGGAUGGAUCGCUAGGACGACUGGUGAACGAUGAUCACAAAAAUCCAAACUGCAAAGUCAAGACGGUUGUUGUUGAGGGAAAGCCGCACCUGUGUCUAUUUAGUCUAAGAGACAUUUGUCCAGAUGAAGAAAUUACUUACAAUUAUGGGGAUUCCUCUUGGCCCUGGCGUUCAGUAGAAUUGUGUGAUGAGAUAUCGGUGGCCGUAGAUGAAUCCAUUGAGGGUCCUUCCUCAUCAAGAAAAGAGAAAGAAUUGUGUGAUGAGAUAUCGGUGGCCGUAGAUGAAUCCAUUGAGGGUCCUUCCUCAUCAAGAAAAGAGAAUGAAUUGUGUGAUGAGACAUCGGUGGCCGUAGAUGAAUCCAUUGAGGGUCCUUCCUCAUCAAGAAAAGAGAAAGAAUUGUGUGAUGAGAUAUCGGUGGCCGUAGAUGAAUCCAUUGAGGGUCCUUCCUCAUCAGGAAAAGAGAAAUGCCAUCAUGAAGUUCAUUGCGCAGUAUCCAGUUUGGAUUCUUGUGUAAAUUGCAGUGGACCCGUUUCUAGUCGAAAAUGGCUUGGCUUAACAUGCAAAUUGUGUUCAAGAUCAUGGCACAAAACCUGCUUCAUGAAGAAUGAGAAAUCGAUGGAUGUUACAUUUUCCAGUUCUGAAGAAAGCAGUUCUGAUGAAGAGUAUACUCCUCACGCUGAAAACAGCAUUGAUGAAUCCUCUGAUGAAUUCAUCCCAGAUUCAAGACAAAACAGCGACAGUGGUGAUAGUCUAACUAUCAAUACAAGGAAUCCACCAUAUUGUAAGACCACUCAACUAUUUUCAGAGUCUAAGAAGGCAGAGAGUGUGUCUCAACCCACUCACUGUUCAUCCACUGAGCAAGAUAUGGUUAGUGACAAAUCCAGCUCUGCUCAAGAUCUCGUAUGUAAUGAUCACGACACUACCACAAGGAAUAUGGAGAUGCUUCAGAGUUUUAAGAAAACACCAAAAGAGUCUUGUGAUAAACAGUCAAACCUCAAAGACACUUUUUCCACCCACAAAAAUUACUGUUAUGUGUGCAAGAAACCUCAGUCUAAAAUUGCCCGUCACUUUAAAAAGCAUGAAGACAGUGAAACGGAAAUUGCGGCUGCAUUUCUGCUUCCUAAACACUCCAAGGACAGAAAAAGGUUACUUGAGAAGCUUCGAAACAGAGGCAACUAUGAACAUAAUCAAGAGGUUAUGGCAAAUAAGAGUGGACCACUGAAGGUUAGAAGACGACCAGUAAGAUCCGAGAUCGAAUUGAGUACCAAAACAUACGUGCACUGCAUAUACUGUAAAGGCCUGUUUGUUCGCAAGGAGUUGUGGCGCCAUACACGGAGAUGUUCUUCAAAGAUUUGUUCCGAGUCUGAAGCAACUGGUAAGGCUAAAGUUCUAGUUUUGGCUGACAUUGCAGAGUCAACAUUCUCUCAAGCAAUCUCUCCUGAAGUGUGGAAAAUCUUGGGAAAUAUGAAGAAUGAUGACAUUUCAUCUGUUGUUCGAAAUGAUUUUCUCAUACUGCAGUUGAGUCAGAGUCUUUACAACAAACACGGAAGUGAUCCAACAAAAUUUGAAUACAUCAGACAGAAGGUACGGGAAGUGGGCAGACUCUUGCUAAGCAUGAAAAAAAAAUUCUCCAUACUUAGCUUUGAAGAUGCUUUGAAGCCAAACAAUUUUUACAAAGUCAUUGAGGCCGUGAAAGAUGUUGCUGGUUAUGAAGAAAAGAGCCACUCGUAUAAGACACCAAGUCUUGCGCUAAAGUUAGGACAUUCACUUAACAAAAUUGCUGACAUCAUUCUCUGCAGGGCCAUCGCAGGAGAGGAUGAUGCUCUGACGAAAGCAGCAGAGCGAUUCAAAAGACUUUGCUCAAGUGAAUGGGCAGAACAUGUCUCCCAUGCUGCUCUUGCUACUUUAAGCAAAUCAAAGUUCAACAAACCAUCUACCAUACCAUUCACACAUGAUGUGCAGCUUCUCCACCAGUGCCUAGAGAAGAAAUCAGCUGAUGCUUUUGAAAACCUGAAAAACCAAGAGUCUUCACAGGCAUACGCAGAACUCACCAAAGUGACACUGGCACAAGUAAUCAUCUUUAACCGGCGUCGUGCAGGAGAAGUUUCAAAAAUGACACUUGAGUGUUUUAUGAAAAGAGACCAAACUGAGCUCCACGAGGACAUAGCUCUUGGUCUGUCUCCGUUUGAGCAAAAAAUGUCCAAGCAUUUUAGCAGAGUAGAAAUAAUGGGCAAAAAAGGGAGAAAAGUUGCUGUUCUGCUAAGCCCUGAUCUUGUUGGAGCAAUACAACUUCUUGUGGACAAGAGAGAUUCAUGUGAAGUAGAUGUGGACAACCCCUUUCUAUUUGCAAGACCAAAGUGUUCAGCCACCAGUUUCUUCAGGGGACAAGACUGCAUCAGGGUUUUUGCAAAUCAGUGUGGUGCCCAGAACCCUGAAUAUCUCAGAUCUACACAACUCCGUAAGCAGGUUGCAACAAUGUCCCAGAUUCUUAAUCUAAAGGAUAAUGAGCUGGAUCAGCUUGCCAACUUUUUGGGCCAUGACAUUCGGGUCCAUAGAGACUAUUAUCGGUUGCCAGAUGCAACUAUAGAAAUUGCAAAAAUCUCAAAGCUGCUUCUGGCAAUGGAGAAAGGAACCCUUGCAAGUUUCCAAGGAAAGUCUCUUAGUGAAAUUGAGAUUGAAGAUGAAAUUGAUCCUGAAUUAGACGACGAAGAAGAAAGUGAUGAAGACGGCGAAGAAUCGGAUUCUCUCCAUAGAGUAAAUGGAAACAAAAAGAGGGUGGACCAUGUAAAGUCGACCCAGGAUGAGGAGAUUGAAAGUUCCAACGAAAAACAAAAAAUGUCCCCCAAUGAACCAGUCAGCUCCACAGGAAAACGAAAAAUGCCCCCAAAUGAGCCUGUCAGCUCCACAGGAAAACGAAAAAUGCCCCCAAAUGACCCUGUCAGCUCCACAGAUGCCAAAUCAAGGAGAAUUGUGAAAAGGCCAUGGACUGCUAAUGAAGUGAAUGCCGUUAUGAAACAUUUUAAAGUCCAUAUUUCAAAGGGACAUCUCGCAACAAAGGCAGAGUGUGAGCAGUGCAAGGCUGCAGAGGACCCUGUGCUAGCAGAAAGAACUGUACAAAACAUAAGGGAUUUCGUGAGGAACCGAGGUUUGAUGUUGAAAAAAAAUAGUUCUUAGACAGAUCAUGGUCACCUUCUUUUAAGGUUUGUGGCUUUUGUUACUGUUAAGUUUACAAGUUAAAUGACUGGCUGACUAUUGUUCUCUUGUUAAAACUUUAGAAUCUCUCAUUUCCAUAGUUAAACCCAGAUCGUCCUUACAAUACUAUUUACAUAUUUACAUACACACACCUAACUAACACCCGAUUGAGAAGAAGAUUUGGGUUAGCUAGAUAUCAUUCACAUACACGUAGCUCGGAAACACUUAAUUCCUGUCCAUGUUAAACCAAAAUUGUCCUCAUAAUCAGGUAUUACUUAGGUGUGUGUGUGUGUGUGAAUGUACGUGAUUGAUGUCCAGUUAAACCCAAAUUGUUCUCACAAUUAGGUGUUACUAAGGUGUGUAUGUGAUUGUCCAUGUAAACCCGAAUUGUCCUCACAAUUAAGUGUUACGGAGUUGUGUGUGUGUGUGUGUGUGUGUGUGUGUAUGUGAAUGAUGUCCAGGUAAACCCAAAUUGUCCUCACAAUUCAGUGUUACUAAGGUGUGUGUGUAUAUGUGAUUGUCCAUGUAAACCCGAAUUGUCCUCACAAUUAAGUGUUACUGAGUUGUGUGUGUGUGUAUGUGAAUGAUGUCCAGGUAAACCCAAAUUGUCCUCACAAUUCAGUGUUACUAAGGUGUGUGUGUAUAUGUGAUUGUCCAUGUAAACCCGAAUUGUCCUCACAAUUAAGUGUUACUGAGUUGUGUGUGUGUAUGUGAAUGAUGUCCAGGUAAACCCAAAUUGUCCUCACAAUUAAGUGUUACUAAGGUGUGUGUGUAUAUGUGAUUGUCCAUGUAAACCCGAAUUGUCCUCACAAUUAAGUGUUACUGAGUUGUGUGUGUUUGUGUAUGUGAAUGAGGUCCAGUUAAACCCAAAUUGUCCUCAAAAUUAAGCGUUACUGAGGUGUGUGUUUGUGUAUGUGAAUGAUGUCCAGGUAAAUCCAAAUUGUCCUCACAAUUAAGCGUUACUGAGGUGUGUGUUUGUGUAUGUGAUUCAUGUCCAGGUAACUCCAAAUUGUCCUCACAAUUAAGCGUUACUGAGGUGUGUGUUUGUGUAUGUGAAUGAUGUCCAGGUAAAUCCAAAUUGUCCUCACAAUUAAGCGUUACUGAGGUGUGUGUUUGUGUAUGUGAAUGAUGUCCAGGUAAAUCCAAAUUGUCCUCACAAUUAAGCGUUACUGAGGUGUGUGUUUGUGUAUGUGAUUCAUGUCCAGGUAAAUCCAAAUUGUCCUCACAAUUAAGCGUUACUGAGGUGUGUGUUUGUGUAUGUGAAUGAUGUCCAGGUAAACCCAAAUUGUCCUCACAAUUCAGUGUUACUAAGGUGUGUGUGUAUAUGUGAUUGUCCAUGUAAACCCGAAUUGUCCUCACAAUUAAGUGUUACUGAGUUGUGUGUGUGUGUAUGUGAAUGAUGUCCAGGUAAACCCAAAUUGUCCUCACAAUUAAGUGUUACUAAGGUGUGUGUGUAUAUGUGAUUGUCCAUGUAAACCCGAAUUGUCCUCACAAUUAAGUGUUACUGAGUUGUGUGUGUUUGUGUAUGUGAAUGAGGUCCAGUUAAACCCAAAUUGUCUUCAAAAUUAAGCGUUACUGAGGUGUGUGUUUGUGUAUGUGAAUGAUGUCCAGGUAAACCCAAAUUGUCCUCACAAUUCAGUGUUACUAAGGUGUGUGUGUAUAUGUGAUUGUCCAUGUAAACCCGAAUUGUCCUCACAAUUAAGUGUUACUGAGUUGUGUGUGUGUGUGUAUGUGAAUGAUGUCCAGGUAAACCCAAAUUGUCCUCACAAUUAAGUGUUACUAAGGUGUGUGUGUAUAUGUGAUUGUCCAUGUAAACCCGAAUUGUCCUCACAAUUAAGUGUUACUGAGUUGUGUGUGUUUGUGUAUGUGAAUGAGGUCCAGUUAAACCCAAAUUGUCCUCAAAAUUAAGCGUUACUGAGGUGUGUGUUUGUGUAUGUGAAUGAUGUCCAGGUAAAUCCAA